AUGUUUUUAUAUUAUAUCCUUCUAGCCUUUUUACACUUUGUAAACUCAAGCGAAAUUUGCAAAUCAUUGCAUGUAAGCACAAAUCUCAAAAAAUCAAAAGAUGACAUUGUCUCUAAGGGAAUUCCGUCCAAAUAAUGGAAUAGAAAAGCCAAAAACCCAAUGAUAGUUCCAGCGACUUAAAAUAUCGAUUACCUUUACAUUACUAGUGAGAAUCCUAAUUUGAGUUUAGAAAACUUCUAAUUAGAUUUCGAUGAUCAUUACUUUGCUGAUUCGGCGACACGUUUAGAUCAUAGACCGAAUGGCUAGCAUACAGAAUAUGCAGUUGAAAUUAAUUACAAAUGCAAACAAUAUGGUGGAACUCUUAUCAAUUAUGAAAUGACUAUUUUUGUACCAAAUUGUGGUGAUGUUCAAAUCUAUUGGAAAAAGUUUUGUGGAAAUCCACUCACAUUAAGAGAGGGAUUUGCAGUAGAUAUGAUUUAUAAAAACUAUAGACAAGAGAUCAUCAAGAACUCAGAAAUCAUUAAUGCCUCAUACUUCGAUUAAGAUUUAGAUAAUUACGUGUUCAAUGUAGCUAGAGACAUUAAUGUUAUCAAAUUUAUUUUACAAAUGAAACAAUCCAAUCCUACCAAUGACCCCAUUCCAGAAGGCUUCAUAAUUGAUACAACCACUCUUAAAGCCAUUCCAGAGGUCAAUCUCACACAACCAUAUGUGGAUGUCGAAAUGGAAAAUGUUACUAAAGCUUGGUUUGAAGGUGAUUUAGUGAGUGGAGGCUUAAUAACUGAAAAAGAAAAUGUUCUUACGCUUAAUUUUAAGUGUCUCAACCUAGGAACAUCUAAAAUAGAAAUCACUUUCCCAUUUCAAUACUUCAAAGAUAUUACAUUAGUGAUUAUUAAAGAUUGUAAUUAUCCAUUCAAAGUCCAAAAUGUCAUUAAUGCAAAGUAUCAGGAGAGUGAUAGAAUAACCUUUGUGAUUUACAUCAUAAUAUUCCUUGUUGUCAUUGGCUUAUUUUUCAAUUUAUGUAUUGGAAGAAAGAAAGGAUUAGCCAACAUUCCUAUGCUUGCUACUGUUAUUAAUGUGAUUCUAUGCAUCACUUGCUAGUAAAAAACGUGUGUAGGUAAAUUCAUCAGGAAAAGACUUGGAUUGGCAGGAGAAUCAUUCUUACCAGUUGACGAAACUGAUGAGUCCUUUUCCUCUAGUUAGAAAUAGUUUUAUGGUUCAAUUUGA